AUGCCAAAAUUCAAGUGCACAUCCGGCAGCAAUAAAGGCGAUGAACCAAUCGUAAAGAUACCCCGUCGUAGUUUAAAAGUGCGGCAACGGGAGGAAAACUGGAAUCCGCCACUCAAUCUUUGUGAUCUACCAAUCGAGCUGCUCGAGAAGAUCAUUGGUUAUAUAAACAUAUGGCAUCAUAAUCGCAUCCGCGGCACUUCGAAGCGCUUGCGCGACGUCAACGAUGCCUUCGUAAUGCACGAAUACAAGAAAGCAUUGCAUAAGUCAAUGCUUGUCAAUCCGAAAAGUUACGAGUGCGCUGCAUUACAGACCAUCGAGCUGGCGACGGAGGUCUACGUGAAGUCGGGCUAUGAAUCCACCUUCUGCGGUUGCAUAUUGCCAAUGUUACGUAGCUCGUACAAAGAUCCGUUCUGUCCGCAGGUUUUGCAAAUCAAUACAUUUCUGCUGCAUUUCUACGAUAUGGUCGAUGAGUUGAUUGGUGAUCGACGAUCGCAACACGCAAGGUUGCUGUACAAUUUGACAUUGAUGCGAUUCUUUAAGAAAUUCGGCAAGUCUACCCACAUCUCUUCGACCGCAAUGCCACUUCAUUGUCGCAUUGUCGUUGAGCUGAAAGGUCCUUGGCUGGGCAUGCUGUGGACAUCGAAAACGCGUUCGCGCGAUCAACCAGAGAAACGUGGCAACUUACUGGUUAUACUUUCCGAAAUGUUAAUGGCCAGCAUUACGGGCAAAGCUUUUAAACGGGUGUGGGAGUGCCUCAACGAGAUUUAUGUGUUCGGCAACGAUACGAGCAAUAGUAAACGCGUACCCAAAACACUUUUCACAUUUACCGUGCAUGGUUCAAAGAAGAUUUGCUCACUAUUUCGUACUUGCCUCGAAGAAGAACCCAGUGAUUUUGUUUGGCUAUCGAAAUGGCCACGCGAUCAAUUCACCGUCAAUUUGGAUAUCACUUGCAAGGAAGCAAUGAAAUGGGGUUGCUCCAAGUCGCAGCACAUGGAGUUCGGCCCGUUCGCAGAGCCACUAUUCAGCGAAGAGGAAGAGUUUAUGGAUGACUGUAGUUCGGGUAAAACUUUAUUGGAUGUGGAAUGAUUAAAUGCUUUUUGGAUUUUCAGUAGCCAAAACUAUGAUUAAAAUUACUAAAAAUAUAAAAGGAUGUACAUUCAA